GUGCAGCGGCGCAUGGAACGCCCCAAUAUACCUAAUUCUCACAAUUUGGAGCACCGCGGUCCAGUGUACGCCCGCGCCCGCCCAUCGUUAUGGCUCAAAGUGCGUUAUUUAUUUAUUUUUAUCAACAACCUGAUCUUCCGCGCGUCUCACCUUAGUAUCAAUAUAGACAGCGGUUAGAAGACACGACCACUUUACUACGAUUGACAAACCGGUCAAUGCGUUUAACAUUUCGCGAGCCCUUGUACCACAUGGAUUUCGGUUGCUACGACAAGGACUCGGGGGAAGUGGAGUGCUACCUCGAAAUACAUUGCGAUACGGGUACUUCUUGCGCUAUCACGAUACAAAUGCCGAAUCCAGAGGCAGUGGGAUGUAUAGAACGGUUCGCAACGUUUUUAUCGUUCCUGCUCGUGAUCAUCACCUUCCCGUUUUCACUGUUCGAGUGCUUCAAGGUGGUACAAGAAUUCGAGAGAGCUGUAAUAUUUCGGCUAGGUCGGUUAAGGAAGGGAGGUGCAAGAGGGCCAGGUCUGUUCUUCGUGCUACCGUGUAUUGAUACUUAUAGGAAAGUAGACCUUCGUACAGUUUCUUUUGACGUCCCACCUCAAGAGGUCCUGACACGGGAUUCCGUAACGGUAGCAGUGGAUGCCGUCGUCUACUACCGCAUCAAAGAACCUUUGAACGCAGUUGUUCGAGUUGCUGACUACAGUGCAUCAACGCGUUUGCUAGCUGCAACAACACUUCGAAAUGUUCUCGGCAUGCGCGACUUGGCACAGCUGCUAUCCGACAGAGAAGCUAUAAGUCACAUGAUGCAAGCCAGCCUUGAUGAAGCCACUGAUCCUUGGGGAGUUGAAGUGGAGAGGGUCGAAAUAAAAGACGUACGAUUACCAGUGCAACUUCAAAGAGCAAUGGCUGCUGAAGCCGAGGCCGACCGUGAAGCUCGAGCCAAGAUUAUAGCAGCUGAAGGAGAAAUCAAAGCAUCCAAAGCGUUGAAAGAAGCCUCUCUUGUUAUGAUUGAUAAUCCAAUGGCAUUACAGUUGCGGUACCUCCAGUCACUCAGUUCGAUAUCAGCCGAAAAGAAUUCGACAAUAAUAUUUCCCUUUCCGAUGGAUUUCCUAAAGACAUUCCUGGGAGGACCUGGACCAAGUUCACAGCAACAAAUCAACUUGUAGACAAUGUAUUGUUUGCAGUAAAUAAAAAUAAUUCUAGUCAAAUUGUUAUUA